UUUUCUGUGGGUAUAAAAGUAUAGUGUGCACGUUCUUGCGAUCAGUUCAGCAAAUUCGUUACUCCCGACAAGGAUCUCAUACUGUGAAACAGCUCAAAGAAAGUCAAAGCGAACAGAGGAAACUAUGAAGUACACGAUUGGAGUGUGCCUGGUGUUGGCCGCCGCCUGCAAUGCUGCUUUCCUUGACAGGCCUGUUAACUUUCAACCAUUCGUGGAACUGCAGCAUAACGCCAUGCGCUCAUUGAUCUCGGCCCAUGCCAGCAACGAUGAUCCCAACCUGAUCAAUAACUGCUUCAAUCAGUAUAUUUCGGACCAAAUGAAUGUUUUGGACAAUUACAACAAAAUCUACACGGGCUGCGUGACCACAGCCCAAAGGGAGAAGACCGAAUUGACCGCCCAGAGCACAGAGAGUCGCAAGGACCUGCUGACCCGCAGCGAUGGAAUGUGCAGCAGCCUCGGCUCCUGCGAUUUGUUGAUCGAUGGCCUGGAUUUCUUCGAUUGCUACCGUAAUGCGUCCGCAGACAGCUACAAAGUGAUGUUUACUCUGAACAGCGAUGCGAACAGCCAGUUCAAUACGAUUAGCACCAGAUACGGUCUCAUCGAUUCAGAUUUAACCCAAUGCGUAGAUGAGGCCCGUCUGGAGUAUGCGCGCGACCUGGAGAAAUGCGAUUCGGAUUUCAAUAUCUGUAUUUCGGGUGGCGAAGUGACAUCUCCACCAACAACUGAUAAGCCAGUUGACUCUACACCAGUUGUCACUACCGAUGGACCCAUUGUUACUACCGAGGGACCUAUUGUUACUACCGAAAGACCCAUUGUUACUACCGAAGGACCAGCCGUCUCAACUGAUGCACCAGCCGUGUCUACUGAUGCACCAGCCGUGUCUACUGAUGCACCAGCCGUCUCUACUGAUGCACCAGCCGUCUCUACUGAUGCACCAGCCGUGUCUACUGAUGCACCAGCGGUCUCUACUGAUGCACCAGCCGUCUCUACCGAUGCACCAGCUGUGUCUACUGAUGCACCAGCCGUGUCUACUGAUGCACCAGCCGUCUCUACUGAUGCACCAGCUGUGUCUACUGAUGAACCAGCCGUUUCUACUGAUGCACCAGCCGUCUCUACUGAUGCACCAGCCGUAUCAACUAAUGCACCAGCCGUGUCUACUGAUGCACCAGCCGUGUCUACUGAUGCACCUGCCGUCUCUACUGAUGCACCAGCUGUGUCUACUGAUGCACCAGCCGUGUCUACUGAUGCACCAGCCGUCUCUACUGAUGCACCAGCCGUCUCUACUGAUUCACCUAUUGUCUCUACCCAGGGACCAAGCGGCUCUACAGAACCAACCAUUCCAACUGAAGCGCCUGUGACAACAACAGAAAGGAUGCCAGAGGAAGAUAUUCAAUUGCUGCCACUGACCUUCAGAAGCGCUUUGGACAAGCUAAGGCGUUUUUUCUAAAUUUGCGAUGUAUUGUAGAGUGAAUGAGCUUUAUCAAUCAAGCGGAAAGCAUACAUAAAUAAACUUUAUCAAUU